AUGUCAAUCAUGAAGCUUGUUAACAUGUAUGCUAUCCUUUUAAUACUUAUCACAAUAUCAAUCGCAACAAAAGCAUCAAUCGCAACAAUAGGUGAUGUGAAUACCAAUAGGAAAAUAAAUAUUAAGUUUUGUCACACCUUUUCAACAAUGUCAACUGGCUGUCAAGAUGGGAACUGCAAUGACUAUUGUCGAGACUUGAAGGGGAAAUUUGCAUAUGGAAAAUGUUUUGAUCCUUACACAUGUGAUUGUCAAUAUGUUUGUUAA